AUGGACGCCUUGCUGAAGGAAAUCGACAAGAUAGAGAAGAUAGCAAGCUCUUCGUCUUCGAAGGGCAAGGCACCGUCCAUGAUAGAGUCGCUUGACUCCCUCUUACAAACCUUGCGCAAUACCAAGGCCCAAUGUGAAGCUGGGGAAGUACCCGUAUCUCAAAUCAUGCAGCUUCCCAGCGCAGUGGAGAAAUGCAAGAAAGAUGUGGACGAUCGCCACAAAGAGAUAUACUCCUCUCUGGCGAGGUUUGGGAAGACCCUAGAUAAAAAAUUCACGAAUCCGCUCCCUACAUAUUCCGACUUGUUUAGUUCAAAGGACUCUGUGAAUGCGCUGGAGAGAACCAUUGCCCUGCACUUCCUCAGGACGGGUCAAUUCGAUCUAGCAGAGACGUUCCUCCAAGAGUCUGAUGCAACCAUCCCUCCGGAAAUACGGUCUCAGUUUGUUGGAUUGCACGAGAUACUGAAAGCCUUGAGAAACCACGACAUCACGCCUGCACUAGAAUGGGUGCAGCAGAAACGGACUUUCCUUCGGGAGCGUUCGUCUCCCCUAGAAUUUAACCUUCAUCGCUCACAGUAUAUACGGCUACUUCUCGCCUCGCAUCCUCCCAACGUCCUCCCCGCCAUCGUCUACCUCAACAAAUCGUUGCGUCCGUUCUACCCGGACCAUGUAACGGAAUUCAGGCGGCUUUGCGGUUGUAUUGCAUAUUUGCCAUUGUCACGCUUGCAGGAAUCACCAUACGCAGACCUCGCAUCACCAAACUUGCAUUUCGACUUAGAGCCACUAUUCGCGAAAGAGUACUGUGCGAGUCUGGGCAUGAGCAGGCAGCUACCGUUGCGGGUAGUGGGGGACAUUGGUGGAGGAGGAGCUCUGGCGCGAAUAGAGAAAGGGCGAAAGGUUAUGAGAGAAAGGAAGAGUGAAUGGAGUCAGACGGAUGAGCUCCCUAUCGAAAUCUCGUUGCAACCGGAGAACCGAUAUCACUCUAUAUUCGCUUGUCCUGUCUCGAAAGAGCAGUCGAGUGAACAGAAUCCUCCCAUGAUGAUGACUUGUGGACAUGUCAUUAGCAAGGAUAGUUUGCAGAAACUCAACAAACCUGGAGGACGCGUCAAAUGCCCUUACUGCCCAACUGAAUCCCUUGUUAGUGCGGCAUUGCGGGUGUAUUUUUAG